ACUGCCAGUUUCUAAGAAUCAUAGGGGAAAGAUGCGAAUUGAGAUCUUCAAUUUUCUUUCCAAUCAUGCAAUCCAAAAUCAGCGCCUUCUUCAAACCCCGCCCUUCGAUUUCAGCGCACAAGUCGCCGGAACCCUUGAAUACAGACGCCGACGACUGCGACGAUGGAGCAUUGAAGAUCUGGGAAAAAGCAGAGCAUCAAUACGUCAACACGUACAAGCGUAGAGCUCCGAGCUCCGAUAGAAUCGUGAGAAGUCCACAAUGUGUAGACUCGGAGAUAAAUAUUCCAAUCCCAGGUGAUUCGCCUGCAAAAGAAGAAUUGGUUUCAUUGACCAAACCUGUGGUCAAGAACAAGAAAAGAAGCUAUGCUCAGUACCAUUUACUUUUUGGCCAGUCUGAUUUCUUACUCCAUUUUUGUUCCACCUGUGGAAUCAAAUAUGCUCGUGGAGAUGAAGGCGAUGAAACAUAUCAUAAAUCGUUUCAUAAGAAGUACACAUGUGGAAUCCAAUUUAAGGGAUGGUCUCACGAAAGGCUUAUCAAUAUUUCCACUGUUGAAGACGGCCGUAUUUUGUUGGUGUUGAAUUCUGACCCCUCUGCCCACUGGAACAAGAUUGAAGAGGUGGUCAAGAUGAUGGAAAAAGAGCUAGGAAAUGGAUGGAUAUUGCAUAAGAACUGCCAGGUUUAUCUGUUUGUUUCAUCCCAAAGAAUUGUAGGAUGUCUGGUUGUAGAACCAAUAAUGAAAGCUUAUAAAGUUGUUUCAUGUUUUCUGGACGAAAGACCCGAAGAGUCUAAGAUGAAGGAUUCAAAACCAAAUUCAACAACCUUGCAGUUUGGUAACAUCAGUUUCCGGAGAGAAGCCAUUUUGAAGAAACCUACUGAUAAUCCCGAGGCAUUGGAUGUGACCCUGAAUGGUGUAAUUUUAUGUGAAGAAGAAGCUGUUCCUGCUGUUUGUGGAAUUCGUGCAAUUUGGGUUACUCCUGCCAACAGAAGAAAACAUAUUGCCACCCAAUUGCUAGAUGCUGCAAGGAAAAGCUUCUGCAAGGGAGGUUCCCUCGAGUGCUCUCAAUUGGCAUUCUCUCAGCCAACUUCUUCUGGAAUGGCUUUGGCAUCAAGAUAUGUCGGCUCCAGAUCUAUAUUGGCAUAUAAAAGCGACACUCUGAUAUGAGGAUAUUGAAAUCAAGCCAAUUCGAUAGGUAUAGAGAAUAGCUUAUGAAAAUAAUAUGGGGCACUUUAAUUGGUGUAUAGUCUUUGUUUACUUACAACAAAGAAUUAGAAAGGAAUUAAUAGAAAUGAGAUGAAUUAGUAUCAAA